CUGUUGCUGCCUACCCUGUAACAGGCCAAAGACUCAGAACAAGGAGUGUCUUUUGGGAAGGUACCUUUAUCUCUUUUCGAUGAGGAGGAGAUUGCAAUCUGGUGCUUCUCCAUUUCCAUGCUGUGAUUGGCUGUUUCCAUCAGAGUGGGGGAACACGGUGUGGCCCACCCUUCUUUCCUCCUGUGGAACUUAUUUGCAUAGUCCAAACACAAAGUUAGAAAAGUGUCACAAAGGUUUUACCAAUGCAUCAUUCACUUACCAAACCACAACCAGAAUACCCUUGGCAAUGUUACAAACACAUUAAGUCCAAACAUGAUGGAAGAUUGAACUGUCAUGCAUGCAUUCAUUUGUCCAUCAACAGCUGAGUUUGUGUAAGAUGUUGCACUACACGUCGCUGUCACUAAGAAUACUUAUUUCUCUGAAUAAGUAGGAUGUGUGUGUUGUAGUUUGCAUCAGUUUAAGGUUUGAGAACAUAGUUAUGAAAGGAUUUGGAUGAAGCUUUGUGAUCUCUCUUUGUUUCACCCACUGCUGCUGCAUCCAGAGGUCCUAAGGAAUUUUUAUGGCAGUCACAGGCCAAAACCUUAGGAAUCAGUCUGUUGGUGGGUGAAGGGCAGAAACUGCAUUUGACCAAUGAGAAGUCCUGUCCUUCCCGGGCUUUUUACCAAAGGUCUUCUUCUUGCCCUCUAAGAGGUGGACAGUUUGCUUAUGUUAGUCCACCAAGAUCCAAUCAAAAUGUAGCAAACCUUUGUCCACUAUUGAGGUCAGAGAGGGGCCCCGCCAUAAACUGGGCCCUGGAAUGUGCUGUCCACUACACAAGUGUUUUUGCCUUAGUGUUUCCUUUUAUUCUUAUUAUUUGCAUUUAUUUACGAUCAUAGUUGGUCCAUUUAUCGGAAUAUUUGGUUGAUUGUAACCAUUGUCGAGAUUCGCUGUUUCUUGAUGUCCGUAUGUGCCUAAUAAUGCAGUAAUGCAAACAUUUUCUGUAUACAGCACAUUUAUAAAGCAAUCUCAUUGUCACAACACUGCAGGAUGACAGAUCUCCUAUAAUCAAUAACAUGAAAUUACUGCACUGAUAAAUUACAGCUGAAAACAACAACCACUAUGUGACUGAAUCCAGAUAUGCAGCAUGAGUAACAUGAGUAAAGAGCCUAAGGGGAAUCAAACACUUGUUUAUUUAAGAAUAUGCAUACGUGCAGUUUCAUAUCCUGAUGCAGAGAUUCUAAGAAAAUGUAAAUAUAUCUGACUGGGUUAUGCAAUAAUCUGUGGUUAAAGGGGUCAUGACAGUGGAAAUUAAAUAUUUAAUAAUUGUACACGUGUAUUGAUUCAUUUAAAAAAAAAAAAAAAAAAAAAAAGUUUGUAUAAAAGCUAUAACUUCCCAGAAGCAUUGCAGACAAUUUUUUAUUUAUUUAUUUAUUUAUUUUUUUGUGAUAUAAAAAGAACUCAUCAGCUUCCUCAUCUGUUGGUUUAAAUACUGCUGUUGUCACUGCUCCUCUCGUCAUUGUUCCUGAGCUUCUGAAGAACCUCACAAAAAGACAACAAUAACAGCUUAUUAGAUAUACUGGAGAGAUUCGACUGAAUCAAGAUGCUGCUGAUGAUUGAAGCUCUUCUUCUCAUUUCAGCUACUCUACAGGAUCACAGAGCUUCUGCCACUGAUGGACAGAUAUUUCCAUUGGAUAUGGCUCUAGAUUCUGUUGAUGACCUUUAUGUCGGUUGCAAAAAGAGCAUGGCUUGUCUGGUUGAAAGAGUAUUGCUAGAGAAUGAACUCAAUAACUCAUUUAAAUUCAGAACAGUUUGGAAGGAUGCUCUAAAUAAUUAUGAAGAGCAGCGUCUGACCGGCCAGCCCCGAGAUGGCGUCUCCUCCCCAGCCAUGGAGGAAUUAUUAAAACAUCUCACGGAAGUAAGCAUCCGUCAACAACAAAUUGUAGAGCACAUGGCCGCCCGGCAAGGAGAGGUGGAACGGGAGAUCGCCGCCCUCCGUACCGCCUCUGCCCAGCGGGUUCCGCUGCCUGACCCCCACGUUCGAGCCCCGACACUGCUGCCGAAGAUGACGGCUCACGAUGAUGUGGAGAGCUUCCUCCUAAUGUUCGAGUCGACGGCAAAUCAAGAAGGCUGGCCACGGGAUGAAUGGGCGCGCGCGCUGGCACCGUUGUUAACGGGAGAACCACAACGGGCAUACUUCUCCAUGCCGCCGGAACUGAGGGAGUCCUACGAGGAGUUAAAGAAGGAAAUCCUGUCCCGGGUGGGCCUGUCGCCCAUCGCGGCCGCCCAGCUGGUACAUGACUGGGAAUACUCCAGCCGGUUGCCAGCCCGCGCCCAAGCCGCCGAUCUGUCCCGCCUCACACGGCACUGGCUACUGGCAGGAGACCCCAGCGCCGCCCAAGUAGCCGAACGGGUCGUAGUGGAUCGUCUUCUCCGUGCGCUCCCUCGUCCGAUUCGGCAGGCAGCCGGCAUGAGGAACCCACUCACCGUGGGAGAGCUGGUGGAGGCCCAACGUCGCGAGGCUGGGAGGCGGCGCCCCAGGAGCGACGCCCGCCUUCGGGCAUUUAUUGACCUCACCUUGUCAUGUGAUUCUUCCACCAGCAUGGCUUGUCUGGUUGAAAGAGUAUUGCUAGAGAAUGAACUCAAUAACUCAUUUAAAUUCAGAACAGUUUGGAAGGAUGCUCUAAAUAAUUAUGAGCUUCCAGAAGAUGAAUUGAAAAUGUUCCAUUCAGUUGCCAUUUAUGUGUACACUAACUCACGUUAUGAUCUAUAUCAGGAUUUUAAUAAUGCUGUCCGUAGUGAUCAACAAAAAUACAAAGACAAGACAUAUACAUGGUAUACACUUCAGUUUUUGCUAACAGAAGCAAUACAGAUUCUGAAGGAAACACAAAAUGGAUGCAAGUCAACUUAUCGUGGAACAAACGCUGAAUUCAAUAAGAAUGUUCUGAACAAACAGGUUCGUUUUGGCUCAUUUACAUCCUCCUCUCUUAGUAGUACAGUAGCAGAAGAUUUUGGAGAUAAGUCUUGUUUUGAAAUCACAACUUGUGAAGGUGCUGAUCUAACAAAAUAUUCUACUUUUCCUAAUGAGACAGAGGUGCUGAUUCCUCCAUAUGAGGUGUUUAAAGUUAACGAAAUCAAGACAAGAAGUGUUCAGAAAGAUCUCUGGUGUGAAACUGUAUUUGUGUUGGAAAGUAUUGGAGUAAGAAGUGACCUGAACUGUUAUCUGUUCAAGAGACCAACCGAGUCUAUAACAAAUUUAGGAUUUAGGAAGCAUCAAUUUAGACACUUUUAUCAAAAACGACGUAGAUUGCAUUCAAGUUAUAGAGAUGUUAAAUCCAGCUUCCAAAGAAUUUAUGAGGACCCUUUGACCUUGGCGAUGCGAUUCUGUGCUUCUGUUUGAGCUGUUGUAAUACUUCAAAUGUUCAGUGCUGAUUUACAUUAUUACAUGAGUUGCAGUAGUUCCACACAAAUCAAUUAAUUAACUACAAACAAAUAAUUUCGCCACCUUUGUCAGAAAAUAUGAUUUGUUCAUAUAAUUUUUAAAUGAAGGAUUUUAAGAUCUCAUUUUAUUUUGAUUGCAGCCUGUGUGCAGCUUCAAGAGAGCAAACAUAUAUCUCUUUUGCACUUCACAUUUUUCUGUCUGUCUCACUGUCUAAUUACUUAAAAUGUAUCAAUUUAAUACUUUUAAUGUUUAUUUUACUUUUCUAUUGCUGUUUAAUAUUAAGUUACAUAAUGUGUGUUAAGUUAGAGACCAGUCAAUGUCUCUAAACAUUGUUUUCAGCAUCAUAUGUCUGUAAAGCAGUCAUUUUUCAUUUCCUUAGCUUUUUUUAAUAACACUUGUUGAAUGCAACUAGAUUAUUCAAUAAACUCUGCUAAUUUU